GGUACGUACUCAGUGCUCGUAGCUGGAUGUUUGGGGGAUAUGCGCACUCACAUCACCCCAAAUCCCAACCUGCAGACAGGACGAGCUAGAUCUCCUCUCCGGGACCCUUUCCUGCUCUCUCUUUGGUGCAUUAGUCUCACCGUCAGCAGACAUCCCAGGGAGCUUUAUGCCCCAGCUGAGCAGAAUUCAUGAGGUGAGUUCCGAUGAAUUGGCUCACGGAAGGGAAACACGAGCACGCUGGCGCACGCUGGGACAAGGAUGGCACCACCUUCUGGGCACAGCCUCCUUCUGAUCAGCAUGCUGGGCAUCUUGGCACUCGACUGCUUCACAAGUGGUCAGAAGAACAGCACACUCAUUUUCACAAAGGAAAACACCAUUCGGAACUGCAGCUGCUCUGCAGACAUCCGGGACUGCGACUACAGCCUGGCCAGCCUGAUGUGCAGCUGUAAAACUGUCCUGCCCUUUGCAGUAGAGCGAACCAGCUACAAGGGCCGUCUGACUAUCUGGUUCACAGACACAUCUGCACUGGGCCUCUUGUUGAACUUCACCUUGGUCCAGGACCUGAAGCUUUCUCUGUGCAGCACAAACACUCUUCCCGCGGAGUACCUGGCCAUUUGUGGUCUGAAGAGGCUUCGCAUCAACACCAAGGCCAAGCAUCCCUCACCAGAGCAGAGCUUACUCAUCCACAGUGGUGAAGACAGGGAGCCCAGAGACAAACCCCUGCUGUCACACACAGGCUGGCAAACAUGUACGUAUGUCUCAUUCUUAGAUUUGGCACUUUUCAACAGGGAGUCAUCCCUAAAAUCAUUUAGUAUUGACGACGUUGCCAGCAUGGCCAACAACUUUCCCUACUUUUCUCACUUUAAAACCUUCCCAAUUCUAAGCAACAAAAGCUACGUUGUCACAUUCAUUUAUUAACAUUGUCACUGUGUCUGACCGCCAGGAACUUUGGCCAACUAUGGAUAAGUUGAACAAGGAAUGUGGGGAUAAGGCCAUGGGUAACUCUACCCACAGCUUUGCCUCUACCCCAGACCCCCGCCCCCUCCAUCACAGCAGAGCCACACAUAGAAAUACCCGACCCUCUCUGCUCCUCUCUGUGCCCAACCAUGGGAGCUGUUUUGAAAAAUAAAAUAAAGAGAAACCAAAAAACAACGUGGUUCAGUCCAGAAACGUGUUUUGAGGGCCAGGUAGAGGCUAGGUUCUCGCUGGUAUGGGUGGGUCUGUGUAGUAAUGUUAGACUAGAAAUGGAGAACGCAGUGUACACCAGGGGCCGCUUAGUGGAGACUGGCAUAGGGGAUGAUCCCCAAGGAAGGUAUCUUCCUUCAAAACAU